AUGAACGCCGUCAUUCUUGCCGCCGCAGCGUCUCUGUUACUCGGCAUCGGCGGAUUGGUGCUCAUCCAAUUCUGCAUCGUCCGGAGGGCGAUCAGAAGAGGCUUCUUAGGUUUCGGAGCCACAGCCGGACCUUCCGACGAUGCAUGCGACGGCCUGCCGCCGCAACUCCUAGAGAGGCUCCCUCGUUACGACUUCAAAGUAGGAUGCGGAGCCGAGUGCGCCGUGUGCCUGGAGAGCUUGGAGGUGGGCGACGUCUGCAGGUUGCUGCCGGCAUGCAUGCAUGCUUUCCAUGCCCGAUGCGUGGACUGCUGGCUGCUGCAGAAACCAAUCUGCCCGACCUGCCGGACGUCGGCUGCCCCCGGAGGGGCGGCGGUCGUGGCAGAGGUCGGCGGCAUGAGGAGUUCGGAUCCCAAGUUCGAUCUGCCAGGAUCUGUCACUUCAGAUUCCAAGUUCAUGUUUGGAGCUCUCUAA